GUGAGCCGUUGGUGCUCCUCGGACUCUCGCUGUGCGGGUAACAGAACCGCGGACUAUGUGACUCCGUCCCCGUUGAAAAUAUCAACUCACGGCUGGUUUUCGGUUUAUUUUUCCUCUCUUCAGACGUGGUUAUCAUGGUGUGACGAUGGCCCAGCGAGAGGGGAACGACGAGGAGAUGUUGACUUCGCCGACCAUUCUCCGGGAUUUCUCCGCGGAUUUGAACGUCGGAGACGUCAACAUGGACUGCUGCGAGGGAGCCGAGGAUGUGUCCCUGGAAGAGAUCCUGACUCUGUACAGCCAGCCGAUCAACGAGGAGCAGGCGUGGGCGGUGUGCUAUCAGUGCUGCCGGACUUUAUCGCAGAGCCACCGGAGGAAAAGCUCCAAGUCCACCGGUGCCCCUGCGGGCGUCUUCCCGAGGAGGAUCGGCGGACCUGGGGAUGUGCGGAUCGGCAGAGACGGGACUGUCAGACUGCACUUUGAGGACUGCACAGAUAAAUACCAGUCGGCAGCCACGUCAUUAGAGGUUAUUGAUUCCCUGGGUGUCAUGAUCUACAAAGCUCUGGAUUAUGGCCUCAAAGAGAACGAAGAGCGGGAACUCAGCCCUCCGCUGGAGCGCCUCAUCGACCUGAUGACCAACCCUGAAGGGAAGGAGAGCGACUCCUGUCCCGACGAGGGAUACGAGGCCACAGAGGAAGAGGACGAGUGCGAGGAGGAGGAGGAGGAGGAGAUCGUCUACGCUACAUCCACCAGCACCGUCGGCAGCAUCCAGGGCUACCGCGACAUCAUCAAGCUUUGUUCUUCCCACCUGCCCAGCCCUUCGGAUGCCCCUAACCAUUACCAGGCCGUGUGCCGAGCUCUUUAUGCCGAAAGCAAGGAGCUCGGCACCUUCCUGGAGAAAAUCAAGAGCGCCAAGGAGAACCUCCGAAAGAUGGAAGGUGACACUCCGGAGGAACCGGUGAAAGACCUCAACGAGCUCCAGAACGCAGACUGGGCGCGGUUCUGGGUGCAGGUGAUGCGAGAUCUACGCCACGGCGUCAAGCUGAAAAAGGUGCAGGAGCGCCUGUACAACCCCCUCCCCAUCGAAUACCAGCUCACUCCCUACGAGAUGCUGAUGGACGACAUCCGCUCCAAGCGCUACAAGCUCCGGAAAGUCAUGGUGAAUGGAGACAUCCCCCCACGGUUAAAGAAGAGCGCUCAUGAGAUCAUUCUGGAAUUCAUCAGGUCACGGCCUCCACUCAACCCAGUCGCGGCCCGCAAACUGAAGCCCCGCCCCGCGCGGCCGCAGAGCCUCCACGAGCGGCUGCUGGAUGACAUCAGGUCUGAAAGGAAGCUCAAGCCAGUUUCGCCCGACAUGAUCCGCCGAAACCGCCUAGUCAUGCGGCCUCUUAGCAUGUCUUACAGUUUUGACUCAUCAGGUGCAGGAAAAAGCAUCAGCACCCCUCAGGAUUUGUUCCGCAGCUCAGACACCCCCGAUGGGAAGAGGAAGCUGGCUGCCAGCACCCAGACCCUGGCCGGCGCCAUCACGGAGCCCAGUCAGGGCGCAGCACAGCCGCUGAGUCAGAGGAAGAGGCUGCUCAAAGCACCGCCGCUGGCCGAGCUGGACAGCUCCGAAUCCGACGAGGAGCCCACACGGAGCAGCUCCAGCAUGUCUCCGUCUCUCAUGGAGGACACGUCUCCCGAGUCGGUCACGGGGAAGAAAGCUCCUCCGAAGUUCCUGCCCAUGUCUGUGACUCCUCAGCCAGACAAGCACCAGUCCUCACCGAGGCGGCACUCCAUCGAGAAAGAAUCCCCCACCAGCGUCCGUCCGUUUGCUCCGCCGUCCAGACUCACCUCCAGAUCUUUGGAGGAGUUCUGUUACCCCGUGGAGGGCCUGGCUCUGACGGUGGAGGAGGUGAUGCACAUCAGGCAGGUGCUGGUCAAGGCCGAGCUGGAGAAGUUCCAGCAUUACAAAGACAUCUACACCGCCCUGAAGAAAGGAAAGCUUUGCUUCUCAUGUCGGACCAAAAGAUUCUCACUGUUCACCUGGUCCUACACCUGUCAGUUCUGCAAAAGGCCUGUGUGUUCACAGUGUUCAAAAAAGAUGCGGCUUCCGUCCAAGCCCUACUCCACCCUGCCCAUCUACUCUCUGGGUCCCAGCACGAUGGCUAAAGAAGGCGGAGCAGCAGCUCCCGCCUCGGCGGAGCCGGAAAGGAACCCGUUUGGGUCUGCGCACAGCAGGAGCAGCCUCCGCAGGAGUGUUUACAAGUUCAAGCACGGCAGCAAAGACGGGCCGCCGCUGGACGAGCCGGAGUUCCCCAAGGAGCUGACGGAGGACUGGGCGACGAUGGAGAUCUGCGUGGACUGCAAGAAGUUCAUCACGGAGAUCAUCACUUCCAGCAAGCGGAACCUGUGCGUGGCCACCAAGCGAGCCCGCCUCAACCGCAAAACCCAGUCCUUCUACAUGUCGUCGUCCAGCUCGGUCAACUUCAGGCCGUCGGAGCGCGGCAUCAGCGAGGUGUAGAGCGCAUUUUUAGCACUUUUAGCAAAUAAUUCUAUAAAUAUAUGCAGUGUAUUUCUGACACAGACUGGUUCAUUGCAAUGUAUAAAAAAAAAAGAAAAAAAAGGGGGAUUUCCAGAAGAAGUCGGGAAUGACCAUGAAGCCGGGCCAUCCCACCCUGAAGUUAGCGCAGGCUCUCACUCUUUAUCCUCCCCCCCCACCUCCUCUCAGGAAAAGCUGCUGCAGCCAGCCGGAGCUGGUCUGGACUCCAGGUAACGAAGGACAGCCGAGGUUCUCUCAGUGGAAGUGAUAAUUCAGGAAACCAGCCGCCGGCGUCCCGUUUGCAGAGCAGGUCGGAGCGAGUGUUUUAACGCGACACAAAACGCCGCGUGCGGCUGUGAUAUCAUGUAGAUAAGACACGGGCCCAAUCUCAAUACGUUUUCCAGUUCCUGUUUACCUUUUUUUGCACUCAGGAAGAAAAAAAACAAACAACAACAGUCGAUUGUCUCUGGACAGGAAUGCACUGUAGAUCCUCCUGUCGGGUCUGCUGGGGCAGAUCUCUAUCGCUCUGCUGCCCCGCUCUCCUUCUUCUUCUUCUUCCAGCAACACGUAUGCCAAAUGUCACGUCUUUCAUUUUUGAAGCCAGUUUGAAUUCUAGUAUUUCAUGUUGCCGUGACAACAUGUCGGGGGCGGAGAAAUAGCUAUUUUUUUCUUCCUGGAAGAGGGUUUCUGUUUUUAGCCAAAAUGUAUAUUCAAUUCUGUGCCUGGUGCCAAAAUGUAUUUUUUUUCUCUGAAUGCCUUUGUAGUUACGGACCUACUGUACAUAUGUGUGAUAAAGUAAAGGGGCGGGAGGGGGCCGCGGUUUAGUUUUGUGCUGUUUUUAUGCUCCAAACUGGACUAUCGAAGCACAGACAUGUCAGAUUUGUGAAUGUGUACAUGCUGUAUAUCUUAACUGUUCCAGAAAUGAAAUUUUAAUAUAAGAAACUGAUCUUAAUCAAAGUAUAGUUUUACCGUGUUUUAAACUUUCUUUAUUUGACAUCGUUCAUCUAUUUUAUUUUGUCUACGUUGCGUUAAGAUUUUAUUUCUGCUGUAUAAACUUCCUCAGUGUUACGCCAGUGCUCUAAAUUGCAAAUCGCACUUUCAUCACACCAAUUUAUUGUUCACGUUGGGUUAUUUCUAUUGUCUUAAUUAAUAAGUUUCAAACAUUUGUUUUAAAGUGCCAUUUCCCAGGGUUCCUCAUGAAUGAAAACGUGUGCGAACGGCUGCCGGAUGUUUCUACAUUUAAAAAAAAAAAAAAAACGAGACAAUUCAUUGAGUUGAAUGUAGGCAUUUGUCACCAUCACUGACUUUGCUCUGUGGACAU